UAUCAUAGAAGGAAGAAACAUCGGCGGGGAAGAGAAUGAAAUGAUCGACGUUAAAAGUUGAAGAAACGAGUCAUCCUUCGUCUUCUUCUGCUCGCACAGUCACACGCACAGAGAAAGAAAAAGAGGAAAAUGGGGGAAACCAGCGAAGAAACUCAGAGGUUUAAGCGAAUUGCGGCGGCUGCAUACGACUACGACAACGACUCCCGAUGGACCGACUACUGGUCCAACAGUCUCAUUCCUCCCAGCAUGGUUUCUCGCUCCGACGUCAUCGAUCAUUUCAAACGCAAAUUCUAUCAACGUUACAUCGAUCCUGAUCUUGUAGUCGAGACAAUGUCUGUCAGCAGUUCAUUUUUUCAGCCAGCUUCGCAAUCAGCACCUUCACCUCCUACAAAUGAUCAGACUCAGAAACAGAGCUCAGCUAAAAGAAAUUCAGAAAUGUUGGCAACUACAGACUCAAUUUCAAAUUCUUCACGCUGGAAUCGACAUAUGGUUCUUUUUUCACUCAAUGCCUGGGUGCUUAUUGUGGCAUUGUUUGCAAUGAUACCAAUGGUACCCAGAAACCUUUCGCAUAGGGCUUAUCGGCUUUCUAUUAUGGGCACUGCAUGCUCCUCUCUGUUCUCCUUGUUCAUUAAAUGUGGGAUGCCCAGGGCAUUUGAUAUGCAGGGUUUGGAAGUUUAUUUCCAGGCUGUUGUUGCAACAAAAACUUUUGUCUACUUCAUUUACUCUGUUACCUUUGUAGCUUCAAAUCUCUGCCUUAAAUUUGCUUUAAUUCCGAUUAUAUGUGAAGCCGCUGAGCAGAUUGCCAAGUUCCUUAGGCGUACUUUCCCACAAUCUUUCUUCUACAGGAAAUGGUUGGAGCGGCCUUGUGCUUGGGUGGAAUCAAAUACAACCACUCUUUCUCUUCUGUCUUCACAUGUUGAAAUUGCACUGGGUUUCCUUCUGAUCAUCUCCUUAUUUACAUGGCAGCGAAACUUUGUGCAAACAUUCAUGUACUGGCAGCUACUGAAGCUGAUGUAUCACUUCCCCAUGACUGCCGGGUUUCAUCAGAGUGCCUGGGCUAAGGUUGGGAGAAAAGUUAAUCCAUUUGUCAGGAGAUUUCUCCCAUUUCUUAAACCUUCAUUUUCUGCUGCACAAAGUUGGUGGACCAGGUAGAAAGCACUGAGAUUAAUGAAGUGUUACUAUUAGCUCUCUUUUAGUCUAAUGAAUGAAUAUUCAUUUUCUUACUUUGAAGAUAAAAGGCAACCUCCAUUCAAAGCACAAAUGAACCCUGUUAAUUGUGGUUUCUGGAUGGAGAUUUUGAAUGUCCAUUUCUUAUAAGUUAAUUUUUCUCUUUUUUUUAAAAAAAAAUUAUCUUUUUCCAUGCUUUCCGAUGACAAUGGAUUGUAUUUCUGUUUA